GCUAUUCUUUCUCUCUGCCGAAGCGCACAUCCGUGCUGUCUUUCGCGUUUCAUUCCAAGGAACGCGAUUCUCUCAUUUUAAGGCACGAGACCCGGGGCAGCCGCACCCGAGCUCUCCUCUCGCAAUUUCCGUGUAUUCCUCCAUCCUCCUACCCUCCCCCUACCGCAGUCGCAUCAAUCCGUCUCUCUCUCUCUCCGUCGACGCAGCGGCGAGAAGCCAGUAUCUUCUGCUGUUCGUCGGGGCGAGAGCAGUGGCGGAUAACGCGCGAGUGUGAGACGUGUACGCGAAGAACGCAGCCUCCCCCAAGAUGUAUUCCAAGACGAUGAGCAACCACCAGGCGAACAAAGAGCACGUGCUCGCCGUGUCCCGGGACUUCAUCGCCCAGCCCCGUCUCACUUAUAAGACAGUAUCUGGAGUAAACGGUCCAUUGGUGAUAUUGGACGAAGUGAAAUUUCCAAAGUUCGCCGAAAUCGUACAACUGAAGCUCGCCGAUGGCUCCCUACGCUCCGGCCAAGUUCUGGAGGUCUCCGGCUCCAAAGCGGUGGUCCAAGUGUUCGAGGGCACAUCCGGCAUCGACGCGAAGAACACUCAUUGUGAAUUCACCGGCGACAUUCUGCGGACCCCGGUGUCCGAAGACAUGCUGGGCCGUGUCUUCAACGGCUCGGGAAAACCGAUCGACAAGGGGCCGCCAAUUCUCGCGGAAGAUUAUUUGGACAUUCAGGGACAGCCUAUCAAUCCGUGGUCUCGUAUCUAUCCAGAGGAAAUGAUCCAGACCGGAAUAUCGGCCAUCGACGUCAUGAACUCCAUCGCCCGUGGCCAAAAGAUUCCCAUCUUCUCCGCCGCUGGUCUGCCGCAUAACGAGAUUGCCGCGCAAAUCUGUCGUCAAGCUGGUCUCGUGAAAGUGCCCGGCAAAUCGGUCCUCGAUUCUCACGAGGACAACUUCGCCAUCGUGUUCGCGGCGAUGGGUGUCAACAUGGAGACCGCGCGUUUCUUCAAACAGGACUUCGAGGAGAACGGCUCCAUGGAGAACGUGUGCCUAUUUCUGAAUCUGGCCAACGAUCCGACGAUCGAGAGAAUCAUCACGCCGCGUCUCGCCCUAACGGCGGCCGAGUUCCUGGCGUAUCAGUGCGAGAAGCACGUGCUGGUCAUCCUCACGGACAUGUCCUCGUACGCUGAGGCGUUGCGCGAGGUCUCGGCCGCCCGUGAGGAGGUACCGGGUAGACGUGGCUUCCCUGGCUACAUGUACACCGAUCUCGCCACGAUCUACGAGCGUGCCGGCCGUGUGGAGGGACGCAAUGGCUCCAUCACGCAGAUCCCAAUUCUCACCAUGCCGAACGACGACAUUACUCACCCGAUUCCUGAUCUUACCGGAUACAUCACCGAGGGUCAGAUCUACGUCGAUCGUCAGCUGUACAACAGGCAGAUCUAUCCACCCGUGAAUGUACUGCCGUCUCUGUCGCGUCUCAUGAAGUCCGCCAUCGGCGAGGGUAUGACACGAAAGGAUCACUCCGACGUGUCCAAUCAAUUGUAUGCGUGUUACGCCAUUGGAAAAGACGUCCAAGCGAUGAAAGCGGUCGUGGGAGAAGAGGCGUUGACGCCGGACGAUCUGCUGUACCUGGAAUUCCUGUCGAAGUUCGAGAAGAACUUUAUCUCGCAGGGCAGCUACGAGAACCGCACGGUCUUCGAGUCACUGGACAUCGGCUGGCAGCUUCUGCGAAUCUUCCCCAAGGAGAUGCUUAAGCGAAUCCCAGCCAGCACCCUCGCGGAAUUCUAUCCAAGAGAUUCCCGUCAUUAAUCACCGCCUUUUAUUUGUCUCGCAUUAUGCGUAAGCUUGUUUUAAUGGAAUUGCGCGUACAAGUACGAUUUACCUUCUCUUCAUUAAUUGGAAUGAAAAAAAACACGCCUGUUCUUGAUAUAUUUAUGAAAAAAAUCGAUGUAACGUGACAAGAGAAUGAUUAAAGAGAAUAGUUAAAUGGCGUAUACGCUUUCGGAUAAUGAGAGGGGGGGGAAGGGUGGGAGAUAAAAGAGUAACGCGCCUUUGUUGCAGACUAUUGAAAAAUAUUAAUGUUACAAGCUUACAGGAUUGUGUACCGUUUUUUAAUGUUGUGCAAUGAGAGUGUAAAAUGGAUAUCAACGGUAUUGAUAUAUAAGGCAAAUUGAAAAAUUACAAUUUAUUUCGGAUGAUCUUGCAUGCGAAAGUUGCGAGUUGCAGAUCCGAGACUACAUAUGUUAUCUAUAUCAUGGAAAUAAUAAACGCUGGAUAUAAUAUUGUUUCAAUACUUGAGACAUGUAUCUUUCUCGUGCUUUAGAGCGACGAUGCUCACUCACGCAGAGCAAUUAUUGUAAAGUGUAAUAUAUCAUUCAGUAUUAACAUAGACGAAAAGAGCAUAGAGGAAUCCACAAUCACGUAUUGUAUUUGUGCAUUCCCCACAUUCCACUGCGAAAUUCACAUGUAUGAGAUUCUUUAUGCGUUUGAGCUAAUUCGAAUGAGAAUUUAACACAAUAUGUACAGUUACCUCUAGAGAAUGUUCCGAGCGAAACAAGUCAUCGUGUGUCGUCUUGUGAAAGACAAGCUGUAUAUGUUAGAAAUAGAGAAUUAAAGGAGAAUUGUUGUCUUUGAA